AUUUUGCAAAAAACCUACGCGAGCAGUCUAGCAGUGGCUUGACUUACUUUAACUGUUGUGUGGGAGGCAGAAGAGACGCUGCGGUGCAACUUUGGAACGACAGUUACAAACCUGACUCAAGUGAAACACGUAUAUUUAGCAGUUAUGACACUAAUGAUGAACAAAGAUGCAGCAGUACUUCAAGGGGGUUUCCUGUCAGCCAGUCAGCUGUGCCAGCCCUCAUCCCUCUCCUCCAUUCAGAAAGCAGACUGGAGCAGAGUUGGAUGUCUGGUCUUGGAGGCAAUCAGAGAAGUUAGCAGUAAGGAAGAGCACAAAGGUCUGUCCAACACAAGCGCCCCCUGUUGAAAAAGAACACUACUCUGUGCCUUGUGGCUGAAGGUUUUGUGCAGAGAGGCUGGAGAAGACUUAGAGACUGCCUGGAGGGAGAAUCCAUUCUUCCCUCUACAGAACAGCAUUCCUGAAGUCAACCGUGUCGUCCUGCUGGAACUGGUGAAGUCGAUGGCAGCUGUAUACAUUUUUGCCAGCCUCUUGCUGUGUCUUCCUCCAUUUCAGCUCUGCACCGAACUUGAAAGACUCACAGAACACGUAGAGAGCAGUCCUGUAAGAGAGGAGGAUGCCAAUUUUUUACUGGAGGUGUGGUGGGAACUGUGGAAAGGCAGAGCUGGGCAGAAGGACAAUGUGGAGGAAAUGUUCACUAAUCAAGUCAUGCAUCUCUUCUCCAGGUCUAGUAGGUGUGUCCCCAGGGCUGCUAAAAGAUUAAAGCUAGACACAUCAAAUCUACUGGCAUCAGUGUCGACCAAUGACGUGCUAUACACCCUUCUUCAUUCACUGAGAAAAAUCAGAGAUCAUAUAUCCUCAACUGAGCUCUGCUACCAAGCUCUUUCCAUUUCCCUUGAUGCUAUUUACACCUCCUUUCUAACAGAUAAGGGUAUCAUACUUCCACCUGCAGAGAAGAUGGAAUCCUGUCUAAAGUUGUCAUCAUAAGAGGAAAAGAAGAAUGAGAAACUGAGUCCUGAACUGAUCCGAGAGGCUCUGAGAGAUCUGCAUGCUUCUCAUGCCCCAUCUCAGUAGCCAUCAGUGGAGGACAGCCCAAAUCCUAGUUACUCUGUGUUUCGAUCAAAACUAAGUAUUGAGAGCAUCCUCACAGCUCUGGGAGAUGUGGAUCACGAGAAUCUGAAGGCUAAGAAGAGCUUUCUCAGUGAUUGGCUGAAAUGUUUGGAUUUCUCUAGUGUAAUAGUCACUCCGGAGGUGAACACUAAGGUUACAAUGGCCAUCAUUGCUAAUCGUCUUGAGGACUAUGAGAAGUUUGCUGUCGUGUUUGCCAGUGAGAAUAGCUGGAUCACUUUUGAUGAGCACUGGGUGGACUUCCUGGAAAAGAACCGAGCCUUCCAGCAGUGUGAUACAUUGAUCUUACUCACCUCCAGACUCAUGAGUAAAUUUCAAAGUCAGAGUGUGAAGGUGAGUCAGUGCAGGAGAAUAAUGAAAGUCAUGGUGGACAUUUUUUCAGCUCUUUCUUUAGAAGAUAAAAAUAAAUUGCUUUCUGCAAUGCUGCGUAUUUCAAACGGGCUCUUUGGACAUGGCAUGCCCUCCACUGUGUCUGACAGUUUUGAACAGGAGCUAAACAUGGCGUUCAACUGCAUCAUCCAAGGAGGGGGUGGAAGCCUCAGCGGUGGCUCUGCAAACAACCUGAAUACAGCUGUCUCUUGGUCGCAGAGAGAUGGCCUUUCAAAAUCCAGAAGGCCAUGGCAAAGAUCCUGCAGCAGUUGCCGGGACUCGCAGGGGAAUGAAAGACGAGAUGAACUCAAAGUAGUGAAGGUUAAAAUAGAGGGAAAUCAAAAUAAAGACAGAGGAAGGGAGGUUAGAGAUGGUAAAGGGCUCCUCUGCAGGUGUGUUCAGGAAAUCAUCAGGACCAAAGUUCUGCCAAUCAAUGAGAAAGAGCAGCUCCUUAAGUUUCUGAGUAUGUUGAUGAUGCCAGUCAUGACAGUUGAAGGAGACAAAGGAGGAAAAGUUUCCUGUCGCCCCAGGAGUAACCUUGGCCGCCGCUCUUUUGAUUUAGAUCUGAGUCUGCAGCUUCUCCACAGCACCUUGUGUGUGGAUCUGCAGGAGCUGGCCUCCUCUCCUCACUGGGUGCUGCACUGUUCUCCCUUCCCCCUGCUAUACAUCCUGGCCGAGCUACACAACCAGACUCCCGGGGGCUGGGAGAGUCCCGCAGAGGCCAGGUCUGCGGUCCAUGGACACCCAGGAGCUGCUGUGACCGUGCUGACCACACUGGGGCAGGUGGUUGCUACAGAGGUGGCUGCAGACCCCAACAGCUGGUCCAGAUGUGUGUUUUGGCUUUACAGUAAGACAGAGGAUCUGGACUGGACAGUCCGCUUCCAUCUGAAGCCUGUGUGGGGCAAACACUUUAAGAACGAAGUUCCCUCAUCUCUGUUUGCUGUGUGUGAUCUACUUGAGCAGGAGUGGUCUGCAUUGGACCUGCCCCAGUAUGGCCCAGGUACAGGUCCUGCUUGGACUGAAUGCUGCUGUAUAUCUGAUUCCUUGCAGUCCACCAUGCUGUCCUGUCUGUCUCUGGACCAGCAGCCAGACCACCUCAGCAUGUUUAGUAAAGGCCUGCUGGUGGCUCUGACCCAGACCCUGCCCUGCUGCUCCGUUUCACGAUGGUCUCUCGGCUACUCAGAGCCCGUGAGGGCCCUGAUCGACUCAGAUCGCCUAUACGUGCCCUUCUCACUGGAGUAUGUGGAGUACCUGCCCUCUGGAUCUGAGGAGGUUUCAUGUGAGCUCCGGCUCUCUGUCCUCCUCCUGCGAGUCUUUCAGCUGCUGUGUGGAUCCAGCUGCACCCACUGGCUCUCCUCAGAAGGUUGCCACGUUAGUCGGUUGUACGCCCAUGCCAUCAGGGACAUGAUGACUCAUUGAAAGUUCAAACUGCCUCUUCCUUCAUCUGGGGCUUUUCCCAAGGAGGUCAACAGAGUUCCCAGCCAGGAAGUGCUUUUUGUCCUCAGUCAGCUCUUCUGCCACGUUCAGCAUGUCCCAGGUGAUGAUGCCAGGAGCCAGUGUGAACCACUGUUCCUGUGCAGUCUGGAGACGAGCCACUACGAGGCCGUCAUGGCCGCCUUUCCAGACAGCAGUAGCUCACUGGAGAGGAGACACUGGUACUUCUUCACCACCAUCACAGACAACCUGAGUGACCAGGAAAUGAAGGGCGUCUGCAGCAGAAGAUCACUCAGCUUGUUUCAUCUGCAGCUUGACACCGAGGAUCAGAUCACAAACAUUAAACUUUGUUUUCAGAAAUGUCAGAUAGUAAUGCCUUAAUGUGUGUUUAAUAACUGUAAAAUAUGGAUGAAAUAUUUCAUUUCAGUAAUAAUUUUUUGGUCUAAAACUGAACUGUUUACAUGACAAAUGUGUAAAUGAGCUGAUAUUAAUAUCAAU